AAAAAUACGUUUAGUAGGUACGUGCCGCAUGUUGUAAUCGACCAAAUUUAGUCGAUAGAAAUACUACAAAAUCAUUUUGAAUUAUUGAAAAGUUACAAUCUUUGGAGUGUGAAAGUGGCUAGUGAUAUCGUGUGCACGAAGAAAUGCCAAAAUGUUUACAUUUCGGCACGUUAUUCGAGGUGUAAAUAGAUUAGCUAUUACACAAGAGUUUACAAGCUUACAUCGGACAUUAUUAAUUCCUAGAAAUCGUUGUGAUAUUAAUUUUGAUAGAAAAUUCGUCUCCCGAACGCAGAUAAAUUUUUGUAAAACAGAUGAGAGACUUAAGAAGUAUCUCCUCGGUCAGAUUAGCAAAAAGAUGAGACUUGAGUUUACAUGUAAAAAGUGUAACCACAGAAGCAGCAAACUGAUUUCAAAAACUGCAUACGAGCAAGGGGUAGUUAUAGUUCGAUGCGACAACUGCAAAAAUAAUCAUUUGAUCGCUGACAAUAUUGGAUGGUUUGAGGAACUAAAAGAUGUUAGAAAUAUAGAAAAAUUUCUGUUAAAGAAAGAUAAGGUCGUUACAAGAGUUAUGAACGACGUAGAAGGUUAUGUGGAAAUUACCCCAAAAUCGGAGCUUGAAAUGAUGGCACAAAAUAAAAAAAAGUAUUUAGGAUUAGGGGAUAAAUUGGACGAGCUGGAAAAGACAAUACAAAUAGAUUCACAGGACGAAUUGGACGAAGUGGAACAGAUAAUAGAAAUAGGUCCAAAGGACAAAUAGAGAAUUAAAUAUUUAAGCUGAUAUGGCUUCGUAAUCUUAUACAAUUUAAUAUCAAUAAAUUUGAAUGGCAGACCUUGGCACAUGGUAUAGAAGAGUUACUGGAUUAUGGCAAACUCUAAUUAAGAAAAUAUCAAUAUUUAUAUAAAUAGCUAUCAAGUAUGCAUGUAUUCAAUACAAUUCUUAUAAAACUAUGUUUCACACUUAAUAAUAUGAUACAUAGUUAAAUCCUUUAUAAGUGUAUGUUUAUGUAGUAUAUACAUAAGUCUAUAAAAUAUAUAUAUGAGAAACUUG